AUGCAGAACUGUCAUUUGAAGAUAUUUGCGGAUAUCUUGCUUGUUUUUACCAUUUUGUUACUAGUAUUUAAUUAUUCAUAUUGGAAAAUUGCCAAAUAUGAAACUCAUUAUAUAACUAAACCAAAAGGAUUCUUUCCACUUGGAAAUAAUGGAAAAUAUAAAUCAAAUUAUAGAAUUUGGAAUAAACCUAAAGUUUUAUUAUGCUCGGAAUUUCCAAAUACUUUAGAUUUUCUUGAUAUACUUCUUCCUGAUGGUGUAAAUAAGACACAUGACGAAAUUUUUUCAGAAUCAAAAUUUGCAAAUCUAAAAAAUGUUUUGGAAAACAAUUCUAAUGGAACACUUUGGAAAUUGAUUAUAUUUAUUCAUAAUCCAAUGGAAAGAUUUAUGAAAAACUUCAUGGAUUAUUGUGGUAUGAAUUCUAAAUAUGGAACAGAAUCAACAUCUUUUUGUUUUUACUGUAAUGGAGAAAUAAAUUGUUUUUUAACAAGACUAUUUGACUAUUUAAAUGAAAAAUGUUUGAUGAGAGAACGUUUUAUACCAACUCUUAGAGAUAAAUUAUUUGCUCCACAAUUUUGGAAAUGUAACCUAAAAUUAGAUGCCUCAUAUUAUAAUAUAAUACAAGUUAAUGAUAAAAAUAAUUUUUUUGAUGAACUUACAAGUAUUCUUAAAAAUUCUAACAUAUCUAUCAUUGACAAAAGUAUAGAAUACCAAAAAGCUAAAGAAAUGUCCUUGUUGCUACAUAACAAAGAAAAUAAAACAAUAUUAGAUUUUUAUGAAAAUAUUUUAACAAAAAAUGAUUACCUUUUAACAAAGUUUAUAACUAUUUAUUUUUUUGAUUAUUACACCUUUUCCUACGAGAUCCCAUAUUUUUAA